UUCUAGAUUCUUCUCAUCUCUUCUCAGACUCUCUACCUCCGGCGAUGGCUUCCAAUCUUGAAAUCAAGGCCAAGGAGGCGUUCAUCGACGAUCACUUUGAGCUCGCCGUGGAUCUCUACUCUCAGGCCAUCAGUGUCAACCCUAAAAACGCCGAGCUCUUUGCUGACCGCGCUCAGGCCAGUAUCAAGCUCGGAAAUUUUACUGAGGCUGUGGCUGAUGCUAGCAGAGCGAUCGAGUUGGAUUCGUCUAUGUCCAAAGCAUACUUGAGGAAAGGCAUGGCAUGCAUGAAACUUGAGGAGUAUCAAACUGCUAAGGCAGCUUUGGAAAGUGGUGCUUCUUUGGCUCCAGGAGAUGCAAGAUUUACCAAUUUGAUCAAAGAAUGUGAUGAACAUAUUGCAGAGGAAGCUGGUGAAUUACCAAAGCCACCAUUGGAAAAGGUCCCAGAAAAUGUAUCUGGAAAAGAUGUUGAGCUAGGGGAUGAACAUUCUAAUCAGCUGACGUUUGCUGCACCUUCCAAACCAAAGUACAGGCAUGAAUUUUAUCAAAAACCUGAGGAAGUAGUGGUGACCAUUUUUGCGAAGAAAAUACCACAUGACAAUGUUACAGUGGACUUUGGUGAACAAAUACUAAGUGUUACAAUUGACGUACCUGGUGAAGAUGCAUAUCAUUUUCAGCCUCGCUUAUAUGGAAAGAUAAUACCUGCAAAAUGCAGGUAUGAUGUCUUGUCCACCAAAAUUGAAAUUCGUCUAGCAAAAGCUGAACCAAUUCACUGGACAUCUCUUGAGUUCAGCAAGGAAAAUGCAGUUGCACAAAGGGUUAUUGUACCUUCUGCAACUGCAAAUGAAAGACCUACUUACCCAUCCUCAAAACCAAAAGGGGUAGAUUGGGACAAACUUGAAGCUGAAGUGAAGAAGGAGGAGAAAGAUGAAAAGCUGGAUGGUGAUGCUGCUUUGAACAAAUUCUUCCGGGACAUAUAUAAGGAUGCUGAUGAAGACAUGAGAAGAGCCAUGCAAAAAUCUUUUGUGGAAUCAAAUGGGACAGUGUUGUCUACAAACUGGAAAGAAGUUGGCUCAAAGAAAGUGGAGGGAAGUCCCCCUGAUGGUAUGGAAGUGAAGAAAUGGGAGAUUUGAAUUGCUUCUCCCAUUCAUAAUAUACUAACAUGGAAUGUGAUAUUGCUCUGUGAAUGCUAUUCUCUCUUCUUCAAACCCAAACUCAUUUCGUCCGUGAACUGUGAAGGCUUUACUCUGCUUUGAGUCUCUGACUCUACAUUUUAACUGGUUUCUGGUACAUGGGUUUUCCUCUAUUUUUUUUUUUUUUUUUUCAAUUUUGGCACCAAGUGCAGUUACUGUUAUUCCUAUAUAAAACUCUAAUUUCUGAUUUAUUUAUGUGA